AUGACUUCCUGCGACGGCUACACAUGGACUCCAGCAUCUGGUCUCACAGCAGGCGUGCCAACCCUUGGAGCUAUCAACCCACCCACCAAUGUUUCAACUUCUGAGGUCGUUUACGAUGUCAUCGUUGUCGGCGCUGGGUAUUGCGGUCUCACAGCUGCGCGUAAUGCUUCGGCUGAGGGCUUGAAGGUGCUCUUGCUCGAGGGUCGAGACCGCAUUGGUGGUCGAUCAUGGUCAUCCAACAUCGAUGGCUACCCAUUCGAGAUGGGCGGCACGUGGGUGCAUUGGGGACAGUCCAACACAUGGCGCGAGAUUUUGAGAUACCAAAUGAUGAACGAUGUCGAGAGGUCCUUUGACUUCUCGCAUGGCGUGAAUCACUACGAACUGAACAUUGGACAGCAGGGGUACACAAUGACCCACGACAAGGAGGAUGAGCUCCUUAUUUCGGCUCUGAAUAAGUUCACAAACAUCGACGGAGCUUACGGAAGGAACAUCAUUCCUCUUCCGUACGACACGUUCCACAUCCCGGCUGCAAAGGACCUCGACGAGCUGUCCGCUCAAGAUCGCAUCAAUAAGAUUGAAUCAGAGCUCUCACCACAAGAGCGCGCAGCACUCGAGUCGUUUGUUCUACUGUGCAGUGGCGCCACACUUACUACCAUGAGCUUCCACGAGUUCAUGCACUGGUGGGCCAUGUGCGGCUAUACCUACGCGGGCUGCAUAGACAUGCUCAUCAGUUGGAAGUUCAAGAACGGCCAGUCGAGCUUCGCCCUCAGGUUCUUCCAGGAAGCGCUUGCAACAAAACGCCUAGCAUACGCUUUCAACAGCCCCGUCAAACACGUCAAAGACACAGGCCGCACAGUCGAAGUGACAACACGUGAUAGACGCCGCUACUCCGCUGCACGACUCAUCUCAGCUAUGCCACUGAACGUCUUGGGAGAGGUCACAUUCGAUCCACCACUCAGUGCUGGCAAGAAGGCAGCCAUUGCGACAGGUCACGUCAAUCAAUGUGUCAAGGUGCAUGCCGAGAUUUCGAACAAAGACCUUCGGUCGUGGACAGGCGUCACGUACCCGCACAACGAACUCAUGUACGCGAUCGGUGACGGCACGACACCCGCAGGUAACACGCAUGUCGUCUGCUUCGGUGGUAGCAAUAAGCACAUCGAUCCCGAAGUUAACAUUGAUGCGACUAAGCGUGCUAUAAGCAACAUGUUCGCGCAACAAAAGACGGAGCCCCACAUAAAGAGGCUGGUGUUCCACAACUGGUCAAAGGACGAGUUCGCCAAGGGCGCUUGGUUUUUCCCGCCACCUGGCCUGAUCGCCAAUCAUCUGGACGAUAUGAGGCAGAGGCACGGAAAUGUGCUGUUUGCAAACUCAGACUGGGCGUUAGGCUGGAGAAGCUUUAUAGAUGGAGCGAUCGAGGAGGGGACACGAGCAGCUUUCGAAGUCAGGAAGGAGCUGGCCGAGCUCGAGCCUGUAAAGCCCACGUUGUAA